AUGGGCCCAGAGGGCAUGCAGCUGCGCGCUGAGCUGGCAGAGAUGACCGACCGCACAAGCAUGCCCAGCAUCUGGAUCUCGGGCUCCUUUGUCGGCGGCUGCAACGACGGCCCCGGCGUGAUGUCGCUGAACAAGCAGGGCAAGCUGGUCCCGCUGCUCAAGCAGGCGGGCGCAAUGGGCUGA